AUGGUGGAAGAUGAUGUUGAAUUACGCUUUAUGUCUGCAUUGGGUUCAUUCAAGCGAAGGGUCGCAUACUCAAAUGUUGGUUAUGAUCAUAUUGUAGGUUGGAGAACAUCGUCAAUUAGACGUAAUAAUGAACUUCCCAAGUGGGAGGAUUCCCUAAAUGAGAAGUAUCCUCAUAUUGUGCAUGAAGAACAUUGCAAGGCGUGUGAUAGUGAGCAGGGUGAGUCUGUUGUAAAGGAAGAUGAUUGUUUUGACAGGCUAGAAGAGGAAUUGGUGACUGGUUUAUCUCGGGUGUCUUGGGAGAAAAUAGAUGUCAGCUUUCACAGCAGCAGGCUCAGAUUUGCUGCACACAGUGUUAUUCAGGCGAAAGAUCAAUACAUGCAUGCAGAAGGUGCUGAUGUUAUCCAACAUAUGAUUGAUAAUUUUCUUCUAUAG